UCGAAAUUGUAUUGUAAGAGAUGGGGAAUAGUAUACGGUGUUGCUUGGCGUGUGUUCUUCCUUGCGGAGCUCUAGACCUCAUCCGUAUAGUCCAUUUAAACGGCCACAUUGAAGAAAUCACACGUACGGUCACCGCCGGUGAGAUCCUCCAGGCCAACCCUAAUCACGUCUUAACCAAACCCACCUCUCGAGGUCAUAUUUUGAUUAUCUCCCCUCACUCCCAGCUCCAAAGAGGCGGCAUUUACUUUUUGAUCCCCGAAUGUUCCUUACCGGCCGAGAAUAGAAACAACAGUGUCCGCUGUAAAAGGUCUUUCAAGAUGAGCAAAAAACGCAACAACAAUAAUGAUGAUGCUUUAGAUUCCGGUCAUCGAUGCUUAGCAAUUGACGAUGUUUUAGAAAUGAAACGCUGCCGCCGUAGAGGUCGUCGGAAAGGUGGUGGAGGAGUAUGGCGGCCUCAUCUCACAAGCAUCUCCGAGGACUAACAAAUUGUCCGGCGCCGGGAUCUCAUCGUAUCUACGUGGACAUAAUUACAGUUGUUUUUUCUUUUAUAGACAUGAUCACAGUUGUUAAGUCGUGUAAUGGGAGAAUCUUUUUCUUUAUUAUAUACUUUGGUGGGGUAUUAAUUUUGUGGAUAUAA